AUGUCAAAAAAAGCAAUAUCACCCAUUGAUAUACAAUCAGAUAUAGAAACUGACUAUGAUAAUGAUGCUAUUUCUAUACAUAAUCAAACCUCAACACACAGCCAGAUCUCAUCACUUAGCCAAAUUUUAUCUCAAAAACAAGAUAAUCUAAAUCUCAAAAAUAUUGAUUCAGUCUCACUGAAUACACAGAAAAAUUUAGAAACAUUAUAUGAUUAUAACUCAGAAAUUAUACAUAACUCAACUUCUACUGACUCAACCCCUAAAAAUUUUAACACUUCAAUAAAUAAUUCACUAUUUCAAAAAGAAAAACAACAAGAAAAUCACAAUGAAUGGUGUUAUG